AUGGAUGUUUCUUCAUUAGCUUCGCUAUCAAGUUGCAUAAGUUACAACUACAAUUCAAAUACAAAGCGUGCCUUCGCUGUUCCUAGGCUUGCACACCAAUUCAAACUAGAGUGGUCGUGGCCUGCAGCGUCGUGUGUAGUAUCUCGGCUUUCCACUGAUAAAACGAAUGCACCUGCCUCCCUAAAGUGCGGACCUGUUAGCUCUGUCUUGGAAGAGGAAAAUGGGAAGAGCAAAGGUGACGAAUCCCCUAACAAAUGCCUCACAUAUGCAGACCCUAUACCAACAUCUCUACUCUUUACCAAUGGUGAAAUUGCCACAGAGAUGCUAACGGACCGAUUCCAGGGAGAAACCACCAUUCUAACCAUGUCAGGAGACCCACACCCAACUCCACAUUGUGAAUAUGAUACGUUUGGUAUGACCUCAGAAACAUUUCACCUUCAACGAGUAGCACUGAUUCUAUCAGCAGGCUAUCGAUUUUGCAUCCCGCUACAGGCAUUAAAAACCUCCGAAUAUCACGCUGAUACCUCAAGUACUACCUACUGGAAGGUUGUGUUAAAGUCCCCGAAGGACUCCCCUGAUGCGGUUGUUCCUUUUUGCUCAGAAGUUGUGGUUGGGGAACUGGCGGCCAUUGAGUGGGUGUCAAAGCAGCGACAAGAAGAACACUCACAGCCCUUGACAAAACCUGCAAACUAUCUUACCUCAAAAUCUAAGCGGGACGCGGUAAAGGCCCACUGGGCUCCUUUACACAUAUGCCCCUCUGAUCUCCCGGUACAGUCCUUCUUUUUUCACUCCAUUCCUUAUAAGCUAAUGUGGCUCUCCUACGUGCCAAACCGCCUUCUCGUGUCCCUUCCCUGCGAGGAGCGUCUGGUGACCUUGGACGUCCCUCCCAAGGUGGUUGAUGGCUACGUGUCUGGGCAAACGGAGCCCAUUGCGCGGCGGCCAUCGCACGCCUUUCAGCUCCCACGUGGCGUGGUCCCACUUGAUAUGGCCGAAAUUUAUGCCCGACCCUUCAUCGCGGUUGGAACAUAUGAGCAUGGUGUUCUAAUAUAUUACCUCAAUUUAUCCACCGGUGAGGUGGUGUACGCCGUGCGGCAGAUCAGCAUCUGCGGCACCGGAAGCACUAUCUUUCCUAUCACAAAGCUGGCGGCUGUUUUCCCGCCACCGCGUUCUCAUUUGGAUAAUCACCAAACAGCCAGAAACACCAUUACAACAGCGUUUAAGUGGAAAAAACAAGCAGAGGAUAUUGCUUCACUCUCGGACGGUGUCCUUCUCUGCUCUUCUGCCUUUGACCCUCAACCAUUUAUAGCAAAGCAGCUGAAUUUGAAAGAUGCCAUCAUCGAGAACUUUGCAGUCGGACGACUCACCGAGGAAAUAAUCUGGGUUGGAAGUCAGAUCGACCCACACGUUGGUGUGCUUUUUUCCACCGUAAGCCAAGGGUUUGUCCGCUUGGUGGUUUACCCAGAGGGGGGUAGAAGGUUUGGGAAGCUCGUUGGUCGCGAUUCCAGCGACAGCAGUUGUCACGAGUCAAGCAGUGACGAAGCCUCAGAUAGCGCGCACGAGCAGGACGUCCAACAGACACCACACGCUCACGACUACGAUCACGUAUUGGCCUUACUAACGAGGCUUCGCGCCAACUCUUCGUGUAGCUGCUCGGAGCGGGUGCCGCCGUUUGUGUGCGCGCUACGCAACAAGGGUAGCGCGUUAGGUGGCAUUCUCCGGGUGGCCGAAGGCAUCACUGUCUGCAAGGCCGAAGGAAGGUACGCACAUAAGGAUAAUCCCAUCUACGGGCCCUCGACGAGACACUGGAUGCCAGCCGUCACGCUUGACAACAAACUCCUCCUUCUGGAUCGAAUCACAACAAGGUACAAUGUGGUCUCGGCGCUCCCCUUGGCGUUGCCAUCGCAUGCAGAGAAAAGCCAAAAACUCCACCAGACUCGUAAAGGCAGCAAUAGCGAUGAUGUGAAUCCUAAGGACUCCACUAAGAAAAAGAAAAACACACCAUCCAUGAGCACCGCCCGACCAAAACGGCAACGAGGAGAUCUAAACAAAUCAAAGGAAACAACGGUUCCAUGUGAAAUGGAAGACCUCUGUACAGGGGUAGUUUCACUUUCGGCAGGACAUGCCUGGUUGUGCGUUGCCGCCUCACACCAUCAAAAUUGGAUCUCAAUAGUGAGUUACUUGGGAGUAAAGAACUCCACAAAAUGA